GCAUUGUAUUGCAGCAAGCAGGCGUCUCCCUUUUGCGAAUAGUGGCCGUACAUCUUAUUUCCAUCCUUGCAUCUAUCUCCACUUGAAGCCCUUGUCAUCCUGGACGCCAUUGACGACUGUGUCCUGCUCAGCAGCACCCUUUCACCGCGAUCAUCUGCUCUACCCAUGGGAAUCUCAAGCGAGCAGCAGUCAUGUCCCAAAUCAAAGGUUCCGAUACAUGUGGUGCACCACCCGCAGCACACAUCCAGGCUGCAGCCACCGCCAAUGGCUAUUCAGAGCCUGUCGCUGCGCCACCACUGCAAGCCGCGCUCCUGGCCAUCGAUCCUCUACCCGCACCCGCAGAUGCAAGUGCAGGAAGCGAUCCUACAGCACCCGCAGCGGGACAUGAUGUCACCAGCACCGGACAGAUUCAGGUCAAAGCCGGCCCGAUGCUCAAAUACGACACAACGGUGGACGGCGUGUACCACGCGUUCGCCAUGAUCGUCACCGACGAUGCUGCGUCCGACUAUUCGUCUCUACCCACCCUGGCUCUGUCCGCACCCACGCUCAGCGGUAGCAAAAUGGUGGUGCAAGGAAAGGAGAUCUGGCACUACAAAGGUCAGGGCGGCCCGCACACUUUUUGGCGGUUCGAAUACAAUAUUCCCCUUGCCGACGGUCUCAUCGAGACACCCGUGACGUACCAGAUCUCGCCAGGGAAAGUGCAAGCAAAGAAUGACCAGAAGCCGGACAGCGUGGACGCAACCAAGGAGUACACCUUUAUCGUGCCUGGGAAGGAGAUGAACUUCAGGUGGGCUGGACAUAGCUGCAAUGGCUUCAGCUCGAGUAUUAAUGCCGAAGAGUGGAAUGGAGCCAAUCCACUAUGGGACGAUCUGCUUAAGCAUCAUGAGCAGCAAAGGUUCCAUAUGCUUAACGGAGGAGGAGACCAGAUCUACUGCGACAAGCUGACAAAAGAGCCGGAGCUGUAUGCGUGGACAACGUGCAAGAACCCACAACAGCGCAGCAAGAUGCCCAUGACACCAGAGAUCGACGCCGGGAUCGAGCGCUUCUUUUUUACGUGGUACUGUGAAUGGUUUGGCUCGGGAUCGUUCAGCAAGGCAAUCGCGCAGAUCCCCAUGAUGAACAUGCUCGACGACCACGAUCUUAUUGACGGGUUUGGAACAUACGAUGACGAUUGGAUGUUGAGCGAUAUUUUCAACGCCAUUGGUGCCAAAGGGUACUUUUACUACUUGCUUUUCCAACAAUUCAUCGUCGACGAAGUGGACGGCUUGUCCGAGUCCUCGCACCCGAACAAGUCCAUUAUUUUUGGCGAGCACUCUGGACCGUACUUGAAGAAUAUCCGCAAUCACAGCUUCCUCAGCUACCUUGGUCCGAGCCAAUGGAUCCUCAUGGUCGACUGUCGCUCUGAGCGCAAGAUUGACCAGAUCGUCAGCCGCGCGACAUACAACAAGGUGCUCAAGCGCGUGCACACGCUGCCACAUGGCGUGGAGCACCUGAUCAUCCUACUGGGUGUGCCGCUCGCGUACCCGCGCAUGGUAUUUCUGGAAAAGACGCUCGCGUCGUCGUUCAACCCGUUGAUCUUGCUCGCCAAGGGCAUCUCGCCGAGUUUCACGAACAACUUCAACGGCCAGGCCGAACUGCUUGACGACCUCGGCGAUCAUUGGUGCGCCGGUCCGCAUAAGCACGAGAGGAACUGGCUCGUGGAACGCAUACAGGAGGUGGCGUGCGAAAAGCGGUUGCGCGUCAGCUUUAUCAGUGGUGAUGUUCACGCGGCUGGUGUCGGAGUUUUCUUUGGCUACCACCAGCACAACCCGUCUACGGAUCCCAAGUACAUGCUCGCUGUGAUCACCAGUGCGAUUGUAAAUGCCCCACCUCCGCUAGCGGUCAUCAACAUGCUCAACCGCCUAGCUAGAAAAAAGCACAGAAGCUUGUUCUACCGAGGCACAAAGGAGGCAAUGGUUCCGCUCUUUGACAAGGACGUCAAUGGGAAUAAUCAGAACAACAAGUUCAUCAUGGGUAACCGCAACUGGUGCGCCGUAUCGUACGACCCCUCAUCGUCCGAGCUGGAGUUCGACAUUCGUGUCGAGCAAGGCAAAGGCCGUGGUGUGACCAAGUCGUACGCCGUGCGGUCGCCGCCUCCGCGAUGGGAGGCGAAGCGUGAGCACCUGUCGAUGCUCCACAUGAAGGACUUCGAGAGCAGGAUUCACCAUGUCAAGGAGGGCUUUAAGAGCAAUAAGUCCGAUAAGGCUCAUGAUGUCCCUUCGCCCGGUGCUGCUGCAACUUGAACGCCUGCAACGCUUCCCCCUUCACGGCUGUUUCGAUCAAUGUACCGAAGAUGUUGAGCUUACACCUUCCCUUCGAUCUGCAUGAUACCCCGAUCCACCGCGAGCCUUCUUAAUGACGCUGUGAUAUCUACCAUCAAAUCUGUAUUCAUAACAUCGAUCUCUUAUCGACUCUUUCCUGCUCAAUCCCAGCUUGCUAACGAUGACAUUAUAUGCACUGACCACCCAAAGGGAAGAUCUCGUCAGGUGAGGUGGCUGCUUCGAAAAGUGGCACCAAACUCAUCUGCAGCCUCCAAAGAUACACGGUGAAGACAGAUGCAAUUCGUUAAUAAAUGUCGUCGCAUUUCAUUAUGCGCGUGACGACGUGAAUAGAACAUGGAGCUUGAUCACAGGUAUGAUGCGCGGGGUUUGUGAUUGCGGGGCCUCUUUGCGCCUUUGAU